AUGUCUAACAAAGUCUUACUUGCGGAUUACAAUAAUCAUGGUAAUCAGCAAUUCGAGUAUCCUGAACAAGACAUCUAUUACACAGGUCGUAAAUUGAAUCAAGAUUUGAAACAUGGACCCUUAGAACAAAGAGGCUGCCAAGACAUCCUGUGUGUGAUACUCUAUUUGUCAGUUUGGGCCUUAAUGAUAUUUUGCGCAAUCAAUUCGUGGGAAGCAGGAGAUGCCUCCAAAAUAUAUUUGCCAUACGACAGUUAAUAAAGACAAUGCGGAAGAGGCGAUCUCAAAAGUUACUCCAACAUCUACAUCAUAAGCUAGACGGAAUCAUAUUGCGUCUCGGAAUGUCCUGGAGAAAGUGGAGUUGGCAAAGAACUUCCAUGCUAUCAAUGUUCUGCCCAAACAGCUCCCUAUGCUAGUGCCUAAUUGCUUACUCUGUGCUUCCCCACUCUCAAGGUCGACGAGAAAUAUAAAGAGUUGAUAACCAAUAUUGUCGAUAUAAGCGGAUUCCAAAGACAUUAUGCAGACAUCGAAGAAACAUGGCCAAUCAUUUUGGCUUGUGCUGGAAUUGCAUUUUUUAUGGCUAUCAUACUAACGUUUUUGAUUAGAUUGGCAGCAGGAUGUAUAGUGUGGGGAAUGAUCUUGAUUUAUUUAUUGAUCUUGGGAUCUAUCGGAACAGUAGCAUUCUUACAAUCCAAAGGACAUUAUUAAGAGUAUAGAGUUCUGGAUGAUGCUCAAUAAUUGGAAAUCAUCGCCUAUGUAUUUUGGAGUAUCGGACUCUUGUCACUCUUGAUAAUUUUGUGUUUGGCCAAAAAGAUUUCAUAGGCUAUUCAAGUUUUGAAAACAGCUGCUGAUUUCACAAGAGAAGAGUGGCAGGCUCUAUUUGUUCCUGUCGUUAUUCUCAUCUUAGUGUUGGCAUUCUUCGCCUAUUGGAUAAUCUUCUCAGCCAUCAUAUAUUCAACCUCAAGUGAUAUAAGCAAGAGUUAAUACAGUCCUUAUGUGGAAUUACAAUGGGAUGCAAAGACAGGUUGGCAAUUGUGUCUUUACUUUUUCGCCUUGAUCUGGAAUGUUUGUUUCUCAUUGGCUCUUUGUCAAUUUGUGAUAAGCAGUUGCUGUUGCUUCUGGUAUUACAGUCAUCAAGGUUAUCCAUUGAGUAGCAGUAUCCUAAAGAGUUUUUGUCGUGGAUUCACUACUAAUUUCGGUAGUCUCUUGUUUGGUUCCUUGAUUUUGGCUAUCGUUUGGACAAUUAAGUUUGUGUUGGAGUUUUUGCAUAAACAAUUAAAAUAAUCAGUGCAAGGUGACAAUAAUGCCAUUGGAUAUGCUUUAAGAUGUGCCAAAUACUAUGUCUCAUGUUUCGAGAAGUUCAUAAGAUUUUUGAAUCAAAAUGCUUAUACUAUGAUGGCUUUAACAGGGUAGAGUUUUUGCAAUUCUGCUUACGAUGCCUUCUAUCUGAUCCUGAGAAAUGCUACUCGUGUAGCCAUCACUCAUGGAUUGGGUGAACUUUUUGAAUUUUUGGGUGCUGUAUUUAUUUCAGCCUCCUCCUCCUUCAUUUGCUACCUAAUCAUCACCAAGGCUGAAGCCUACAAAAAUAAUAUCUUCAAUCCAGUUGCUCCCACUUUGGCUUUCAUCUUGGUCUCAUAUAUGAUUGGCAAGAUGUUCAUGAAUUUAUAUGGAAUGGGAGUUGACACUUUGUUGUUGUGUUUCAUUGUAGAUACUGAGAUGAACAAAAACGAAGGAGGUGCUAAGUCAGUCCCACAUUCCCUUAAAUAAUAUGCUUCAGAAUUAAAUUGA